AGUAUUAAUUGGUUUUAUUUCCUCUGGUUUCUUUGACAACGAUUUUUCUGUUUAAGAAAGUGAUUCAACGUAUUUUCUUAAUUGUUGCGUCUAUAAUUUAAACAAAAAAUGAACAACCUGUACGGGAAAUAUGGAAGGAGACAACUGAUACAUCAUGACGUUGUGGGAUAUCAUAUGAGUCCAAUCACUUAUUCUUCCAUUGGCGAAAAGAUCAAGAGUUCUAGUCGACUUUCUAUAGAAAACAGAAAUACAGAAAUUCUAAAAAAGAGCAGUCCAUCUGAACGAGGAAAGGAUUAUAAUCUCAGUAGGAUUCCAGUACUACAGAGUAGGAAACUAUCGACUCCAAAUUAUCAUCUUGAUUUUUCUUCUAAAUUUGAAUAUUCCAAAGUCAUCAAGAACUAUAUAAAGUGCAAUUGUCUCUCCGAAAAGAAGAACAAUAUAGCCCAACUGGACAAAAAAAAAUUUCACAAUGACAAUUUUGUGGACCGAGUGAGUUAUAAUAUAAAAGACAAUGUUUAUGCUCGAAAUUCAUAUGAAAGGGAAGUAUUCAGUUCAGACACAUCAAGCACUGAUCAAUCGACCUUCUGUAAAUGCAGAAUUGGCGCAGAAAGAAAUGUCAAACAAAAAGUGCCAACUGAUAAUUCCAUCUUCAAUGGAAGGAGAGAAAUUAUUUCAAAAGGAAAAAUCAAUCUACUCCAAUAUGGCCAAAAGGGAAAGAAUUACACAGAUAAGAUUCAUUCGCACAGCAUCAGGCAGAGUUAUGAGUCACCGGUAGCGACAGGAGUUGAAAUGAACCUUCUUGACAAGAAUGUAUUCUCCACUAUUACACAAAGAUAUUGCAAUUAUUUUUCAUUUAAAAAGUACAAGUCCACAUCAACGCAAUAUGAAAGGGAGCCAGGCAGAAACUGGACCCAAACAUUACAAGUUGCAGUUCAAACUGACGAAUCUGCCAGUACAGUCGAUGGUACUGUGCAAACUGAAGAAAAAAAUGUUAUGAGUCAAGAGUCCCAAACAUCCAUCUUAACAGCGAGCAAUGUUGUUCUUAUCAACAUAAAGCAGAGUCGAUCGGGAAAACAGAAAAUUGGAAAAAAAAUUGAAAAAAGGCAGAUACAAGUCGUAAAACCAAGACAAAAGGCUGGAGAUAUGAGUUGCAAAGAAAAAGCAAUUAAAUUGACCAACUAUCCAAACAAGGACCAUUCCAUACAAGACAAAAUGAUGAGGGGAACGAUCGAAGGUGCAUAUCAAGUUCCAAAAAAAUAUCGUCUCAUCUCCAGGUCAGUGCCAUCAAACACAGAGUAUCAAGGAAUUACCAAAGAACUAAAAUCAAAGUCGGCUAUGAAUAAUGAGAGCGGGAUAGCUAGCAGAAAAUUUCUUUUCAAGGAAAAGAGACCAAGUCGAUAUCACAGUUCGCUGCCUCCGGCAAAUGAUGAUUGGUCUACAAAAAAUCAUGGGUGCCUUAAAAUAUCACCAUUUGUCGAAAGCAAGCAGGGAGAUGUAGCUCUGAACGAAAGGCCAGAACAAAAGGUGCAGGUUCUAAAAAACAGCAGGAGCAGUCCAUCGUCAACGUGCAGUGCCAAAUCUUUUUCAACAGAAUCUCGGUAUGGAAAUAAACAAUUUAAGAAUACUGAAGAAACGUUGUCUAGCACAGGCACAUCUUCUACUUUAUCCCGGCCAAUGUACAAGAGAAGAAAAUUAACUGACGCCAAUUGCUAUCCUGAAACGUAUGUGGACCUUUUUUCAAAAUUGGAAAAUAUUUUGAGUGAUGGUCGAAAGAAGUCCAUUGAAAACCACCUGAAAUUCAUGAACUCCGUAAGCCAUGACAUCUGGGGGGAUGAAGAUAAUAGCUGCAUGGUGGAAUCGACAAUUUCCAAUGUUUCAACUGGCUCAUGGAUAUUGAGAGAACAGGACUUUUCCAGUCCAGGUUCUUCUAAUGACGAGAUGUCUUCCACCACCAUACAGAUAAAAAAUAGAACAAAGAGAAAAAUCAAGACAUCCCAAUCUAUGAAACACAAUCCAAUUAGACCGUAUACAUCAGACACAAGUGAAUCUAGUGAGGAAAAUUAUCCGUUUAAACCAAAAUCUAAAGUCGUCCUACAUAAUAGAAAACAACACGAUGACAGAACACAGACACACCAAAAUCAGAGGAAAAUAAGAGAAUUAAAAAUGUCAGUGACUGUAGACGGUUUAGAUGACAUGGAAAUGAUUGUAUAUUAUGCAAAGAAAUAUCCGACCACUCGAAGGAAUGUUCAACUUGGGCACAAAGAUAUUGAAAUAACCAAAUCAAUUACAACAUGUAUUGAUUUGGUUAAAUCAAUUAUUCAAUCAGUCUUUCCACCGCUGUAUGGUACGUCCGAUAAGCCAUCAACACAGAUCGUUGAUGUACAAACGAAAGAUUGUCAAAAAGAGCACAGCGAAGACUGGGAAACAGACGUCACAAAAGCAUUUGGAACAAAUGACAGCAAAACACAUAUCACUGAAGACCAGAAAACAAAUCAUACCAAGGAUUGUGCAAAACAGAACACCAACGAUUCUGACACAGACAACAUUGAAACAAAUAACAGUCAUAAAACUCUUAACACCAAAGACUACAGAGUAGAAUACAACAAGGAACGUGCAAGAGAGACCACCACUGAUUCCGAAACAGAUGACUCAAAAGACAUCGAAACAUGUAACAACAAAGACCACAAAACAGAUUACUCGAAAGAUUGUGCAAAAGAGAACACAAAACAUUUUGACACGGAAGACACAAAUAACAGUCACAAAACUUAUCUCACUGAAAACAACAGUACAGAAUACAAUAAUAUUUUUGCAAAACAGAACACCAAUCCUUCUGACGCAGAUAAAACAAACAACACUGAAACAAGUAACAACAAUGACAGCAAUCCACAUAUCAACAAAGACCACAAAACAGAACACUCGAGGGAUUGUCCGAAAGAGAACACAAAACAUUCUGACACAGAAGACACAAAUAAUAGUCACAAAACUCACCUCACUGAAAACCACAAAACAGAAUACACCAAUGCUUCUGACACAGAUGAAACAAACAACAACAAUGACAGCAAUUCACAUAUCACACAUUCUGACACUGAAGACACAAACAACUAUGAAACGAAUAAUACUCAUAAAACACAUAUAACCCAAAACCUUAUUACAGAAUGUAACAAUGAGUGUGCAAAUCAGAACACUACAGCUUCUGACACAGAUGACAUAGACAAGAUUGAAACAAUUAACAACAAUCAAAGCCAAACACAUAUCAAUCAAGACAACAAAACAGAAUACCCGAAGGAUUGUGCAAAAGAGGACACAAAGCAUUUUAACACAGACGAUACAAUCAACUAUGAAACAAAUAACAUUCACAAAACUCUGAUCAAUGAAAACCACAAUUCAGUAUACACCAAUGAUUCUGCUAAACAGGACACCAAUGAUUCUGACACAGAUGACAUAAACAACACUGAAACAAAUAAUAUUCAUAAAACACAUAUAACCGAAAACCUCCCUACAGAAUACUCCCUUGAUUGUGAAAAACAGAACAUUAACAACUCUGAAACAGAGGACAUUGAAAACUGUGAAACAAGUGACACAAAAGACUUUGAACCAAAUGACGCUGAAAAUUGCACGACGGUUCACCCCAAGGAGGUCAUUGGAAACACAUGUCAUACUAAUAUUACCAAGCAUGAACUACUGGAAACACUAACUUCACCAAAAGAAGUAAAUGGCACACCUGGCAAUAUGUCACCAUCAACGUGCAGUGUCGUUUCAGAGCCGCUAAUUUAUGAUCGCUGUCCCAAUAUAGUUGACAUAACAAGUAGUGAUGACAGUUUGUCAAAUUGUACUACAUCUGCAACGUUUAGUGGACAGAUGUCCAAAAAAUGGGCAGAUUCAAAUAAGCAAACUGCGACACAACCCCCAAACAAGUCGUUUCUUGAACUGUUCAAACAGUUAGAAGAAGCUUUGGGUGACGAACAAUAACACGACCGCUUGUCUUGAAGAAAUUAAUAAAAGCU